ACCAAAAACUAAGGAAGGUCUAAGUAAUUGUCAUGGUAUUCUUGUUUCAUUAAUGCAAAACUAUUAGCCUAAAUGUAUAUAUUGAGGCCCCAAGAGUCCACUUUGAGAACCACUGCUUUAAAAAUAAAGUAUUUAAAGUAUAUACAAUGAAAGAAAAUCCUCCCACCUAAUGGCUGCAUGGAGUUUUAGCUAAAUGGUAUCAACAAUCCCUUGAUAUUAUGGGCAGUCAGUGGCUGCUGAGUAUUCAAUGACUGAAAUUCAUUUGGUGAUGAUUUAUAUGUAUAUUAUUAUACAACUUCCUCUCAUGUAACUGCUUCCUCAGUCAGUGGUGUACUUGCAAAUCCGACACACAGCUUCAAGUGUCUGUAGAUACAGUAGACCCACUUAAUGUGAUGGGUGGUGCAGUGUCAACAGAAACAGAUUUAGAGAGGAAAAUUCCUUGGGCUAAUCAAAAUAAAAGGGGGGAAUUUGAUUACAGGAAUAAAUUAGAUUAAUGCAAUGAAAAUGUAGUAUAUGAUCAGAUUUGUAUAAGGGUAAUUGGUGACAUUAUAUCAAAUACCAAAAAUGUAGCUUUUCCUGUCAUGAUCACAGAGUGGUGAGGAAAUGCUAUGAGUGCAUGGUAUAAUUUGUAGGUACAUUACAACCGGAAGUUAUUAUUAUUAUAAUGUCUAGCUUUACAGCGGUGUCGGGUGAGGGGUCAUAAAUUGAGACAGACUCCCCACAUUUGCAUACAGUAUUUCCCCACUGCAUAGCUGAAAGACAAUAUGACCCUGCACCGUUCACCCUCUGCUCGCUAGUUACCCGUCGGCUCCAGACAGAAGAGUUACUUAGUUUAACGGAGCUGAGCGGUGCACUACUUUCUCCACAGUUAUUAUUACCAUCUGCCAUCUCCGUCCAGCUGGCUGCGGCUAUCUCUCCACAGCAACUGGAGAGGUCCCGCUGAGCUGAACUCCGCUGAGCCAUGCGACAGUGGUGUGUCCCCACCGCGACCCCACGCACUGAGCCACUCCCGGGGCACCUCUCCGUGUCACCUCCUCCGUCAGAUGCCAGAAUGGAGUGCUGUGAGGUGGAGCCCCGCUACACCAUAGAGCAGAUCGACCUCCUACAGCGCCUACGUCUGUCUGGCAUGACCAAACCUCAGAUCAUCCACGCUCUGGAGUCCCUGGAGAGGCUUGACCCAGACCACCGCCCGUCUCACUGUGACUCCCAGCCUGCCCCAUCCAACAACGCCCCCACCACAGCUGCUCCGGUCCCAUCCUCGUCUUCGUCGUCCUCUUCGUCCCUCUCCUUGGCCUCUGCGACCACACAGACCUCCGGCCUGGAUGGGGCAGCACUGUCCCCCAGCAACAGCUACGAGGCUUCACCUCCUCCCCUCUACCCUCCCACUGUGGCUGUGCAGCGGUCAUUCAGCUAUGACAUGAUGGGUGAGGAGGAGUGGGACCUGGAGGAGAAGGUGGAGGAGUAUAUGAGGAGAGACAGCAACCUGGUGAAAGAAGAGAUCAAAACUUUCCUCAACAACCGCAGGAUCUCUCAGGCAAUAGUCGGCCAAGUAACAGGCAUCAGCCAGAGUUAUAUCUCCCAGUGGCUGCUGCAGCAGGGCCUGGAGAUGAGCGACUCCAAACGCAGGGCCUUCUACCGCUGGUACCUGCUGGAGAGGAAUAACCCAGGGCUGAGGUGGAGUGAAAGCCAGCACAGCGUGAGUCCCACGCCCAGGGCCAGGGGAGGGGACAGAGACGGGACGGUAGCAGGGGCAAGUGGCAGCAUCCUCCCCAACAUCCUCCCAAACCCCAACACCAACCUGAACCCCAACCCCGCGUGGAGCAGACAGAGAGAGCUGCUGAUGCAUUUGCUGCCCUGGUACACUGCUGCUGCUGCAGCCGCUCAGAACCAGACAGGAGCCACUUUAUCAAUGCGUUCUUUGGUGAAAGAAGAGCCCGAUUGGAGGACGGGUAUCAUGACCGGUGACAGGACGGGGAUAGUGGGCGGUCCUCUGAGGCUGCGCAGAGGAAGCAGGUUCACCUGGAGGAAGGAGUGCCAAUCAAUUAUGGAGAGUUUCUUCAUAGAGAACCAGUAUCCAGACGAGGCAAAACGUGAAGAGAUUGCCAACGCUUGUAAUUCAGUCAUCCAGAAACCAGGUUGUAAACUGUCUGAAUUUGAGCGCGUGACUGCAUUGAAGGUUUACAACUGGUUCGCCAAUCGUCGAAAGGAGAUGAAGAGAAGAGCCAACAUUGCUGCCAUUUUGGAGAGCCAUGGAAUCGAGGUGCCAAGUCCCAGCUGCCAUUCAAACGGUGAGGAGGGAGAGAUGCAGGAGUUUGCAGAUCAGGUGAAUCAUCGAUUCUCAGAGCAAGAAGACACGUCUCAGAGGAUGUCUGACCAACAGGACCCCUCUACUCUGGCUGCGGCAGAGGUGGCAGCCCUGCCCAGCCCUGCCUCUCAGGUGCUGGAACAGAAAGAGGACGAGUCAAAAAGGGAGACCGUGGACGAAGAGUGACCAAAGCCGGCCAUGUCUGGAUCAUAAUCAGAUUUAAUCAAAUGAAAUAGGCAAACGAUAACCCAUGUAGGGCCUUUCAGGUCUGUGACACCCAAUAAUCAAAGGGAGACGGGUGCUGAAGCUCGCUGAGGUGCCUCUGAUGGUAAGGAGGCCACUGUAUUUAUCAACAGUAAUCCUGCUUAUAUUAACGGCAAUAUACAGUAUACAUAUAAAUAUAUAUAAUAUCAAUAUAUAUAGUGCAUUCCAAGAUGGUAUUAAAAAGCCUAAAAUCCUUAGAGGGAGAUUUAUGUAAAGGAUACCUCGCACAUUUUAAGCUAAGCCUUUUCUUUUCUCAUCGCUACCCGCUUUAUUCUGCAUUUUUAAAGAGCGGCUGAUUGAUGGACAUGAAUGUGCUGAGCCUGCAGGUCAGGUGAGUUUUAGGUGACAAAAGGUGAGGGGAUAAAAUAUGGCAAUCAAGGAUCUGGUCUGUGGUGAUCUCAGUGCCCUCUGCUCUCCUUGAUUGUCUGCGACCCUAUCCGGUAAGAAGACUCUAACCUCAGUCGAUUGAUGAAAUCAGUCGAUCAAUCACCGAAUGCUGUUGCUGUUGCUGUCAAAUCCGUAAAGCCCUGAGGGACAACUGGAAUCUCAGGUAAUCCCAAAAACCGGUGGAUAAGGACAGUGAAAGACCUACAUCAGAUAUUUUUUUUUUUCCCUCCUUUUUUUUUUUUUUUUUUUUUUUUUUUUUUGGUGACUUAACAUCUGCUUUGUUUUCUUCAAAAGACUUUGUUCAUGUUAACUUUGUUUAACCAAAAACAGGAUGUGUUAUUUAUACCUUUUUAUAUUCGCAACACAAGCCUCUCAGAAUAUGUGAUCAUAUCUUUAUGGUCUUUAUUUGACUGAAUGCUGCUGUUUGGUCAGUUUUGUAGCCCUGCCUUUAUUUCCAAGUCCUGAACUCAGCCAGUGAAGCUAGACUAGUUAGUCUACUUGGCUUUUUCUUACUUUAAUGUUUAAAAGAACGCUAAAACAAAUGUGAUAGAAAAUCCUAACGCUUCAGCCUUCACGCUAGAAGCACCUCGUCUUCGUACAGGGAAUAUGAAGUAUGCCAUGCUGUGUUGCAUUCUGGGACAGGGCUCAAUGUUUUUGGAGGUACGCCCCUUUAUUACCUGUAUUUGUUAGUUUUAUUGUUUGGCCAAAAAGUAGAACUGGUCAAAUUUGAUUGGGAAGAGGGAAAAAAAAAACCUUUCUCCUCAUACUUGGAGAAAUCUGGCUAACUACAUAAGUUAUGGCUUUGAAAUAACCAAACAAAACCAUUAAAUGCAUGUAAAGUACAUACACUCCAUCCAGAGAAAUUACAAGUUACAAGUUUGUCUUGAAGAAUUAAUAAAACUGCCAGUCAGAAUAUCAGAUAUAAAUGUCAGAUUUCAGUGAAGCCCCAUUGCUCAACGUAGUUUUAAAGUCAGAACAGCUUUAUACUGAGUACGCUAUAUUGAGUUAGAAUAGUUAACUUUUCCAUUCUUUCAUCAACAUAGAGCUACAUUAUAUUUGUGUUCCCAGCAGACUGUUAUUCAAACAUGACUAAGUUUCAAAUGGUUCGAUUCCACAAACAUAUCACACCAUAUAUUCAGUCAGGUGCCUCUGCUGAUGCAACUGUUCCCCAAAGUUUACUAUGAGUGACAGUUUUUAGUAAGAAUAUGAAUCUAGCCAUGAAAAUCUAAUCUGUUCAUCUUUGAUUCUAAGUGAACGUUUGUGCCAAAGUUGAAGACAUUCUGUCAAGUCAUGCAGAUGUUUGGAUGCAUCUAAAAAAUCCAGUGGAAACCCUGUUCACAGUGGUAACAGACUACAGUCCAAGUAACAGGGUCUAAACUAUGCUGUUCUGUUCAUUUCCUUUCAUCAGAUUUGACAGAUUUUUGAGCAGAGCAGUUAAACCACAGCACAGAUAGUAGAGGGUGUGUGUCAUAGGAUGGGGCUCUGUCACAACAAGCAACACGGCAACGUCAGCUUCAUGUUCUUUAUUGGAAUAAGCUAAAGCUUAAGCUCAUGUAGGUUUGACUGCAAAGCUUCAAAGCACUUCACAGUGGAUCUCACUAUAAUUCAGAGGGGUGUGUUUGGGCCUAGACACGUACUGUACAUAACCCAGAAAAUAUACAUUCUAUGGGUGCUUUAUAAAUGACAUUAGUACUAUAUAAAAACUGUUAUUUGUCAAACUUGAAAUAUGAAUAGCUUAUGUAAACUGCAUUAUCAUUGACUGGCCCAAGGCCUUGGGAGUGACUCCCUAGAUGUUCAUAAAAUGAACUAAAGAUGCUUUUUUUUUCCUCGAUGGCCCUCAGCAGGGCGCUAACAUGUUACCUCCUAAUGCCAAAGCUAUGCCAAGGUAGAGAUGAGCUACAGAGUAAACUGUGCUUACAGGAACAGGACACAGUCAUAGACGUACACUACAUAGAUGUUUAUUUGCUCAGUACAACACUAGCCAACUCUAGCUUACCUCAGAAUAACCCUGUGUCAUGAAUGUGUUACAGGCUAACUGUAAACAUGGACAGCAGCCAUUAUUGUAACUGUUUAUGACAUGGACAGUUUUAUGUAGCAUUCGGGACAGUGGGGUUUCCCUGUAUCGUCGAUGCAUACUCACCUCGGACAGUUCUCUCGUCUGGCUUUGGACAGGAACCCCCAAAGCUGCACGCUGUUUCUGAUUAUUACGCUCCUCUCUAUCUGCUUUUAUCUGACAAGGAGAAAACAAUAACAAUAAUAAAUGAUGAACCAUGGACUCUCA